CCCCUGCACAUGGGCGCCUUUGCAAGCCUCCCGUUGCUGAGGGGGUGGAGUUGCUGGCUGAGGCAGUUCUGCCGUGCCUUCCUUUCCCCUAACUCGGUGCCGCAUCUGGAGGGAGCCGAAUUGUACUCGGACUGCCCAUGGGGCAUGGAGGAGGAAGAAGCGGAGGAGCAGCGGCACGGCUUCGCGAGCUAUCUUGCCAUCCCGAGCAUCAGCAUUGCGGUGGAUGAGACGAACGUCCAGCCGGGGGCCCUGCAGCUGAUCGGCAGGCUGAGACCACAAUGGGAGACGGCGCAAGUUAAAACCAAGCUCUUCACUGAUGGUAUCACCAACAAGCUCAUGGCUUGUUACACGGAUGAGAACAUGAGGGAUGCAGUCCUGGUACGGGUCUAUGGCAGGAAGACGGAACUUAUUGUGGACCGAGCUAGUGAGCUGAGGAAUUUCCAAGUGCUUCAAGAUCAUGGUUGUGCCCCCAGUCUCUACUGCACCUUCGAAAAUGGCUAUUGCUAUGAAUUUGUUCAGGGGAAGGCUCUUGGACCCGAACAUGUGCGUCAGCCACAGAUAUUCAGGCUAGUAGCCCAGGAAAUGGCGAAGAUGCACAGGAUUCACACCAAUGGGAGUCUCCGCAAGCCCUGCCUGUGGCACCGAUUGUACAAGUAUUUUAACGUUGUGAAAACCGAGUUUUCCAGAAAGACACUGAAUUCCUGCCUCCAUCAAGAAGGGCCCCUUCCCAGUCUAGAAGUGCUAGAAGAAGAGAUUUGCUGGAUGAAGGAACAUCUCUCCCAACUUGGAUCUCCAGUAGUCUUCUGCCACAAUGAUUUAUUGAGCAAGAACAUCAUCUACAAUGAGGCAGAAGGUCAUGUCCGCUUCAUAGAUUACGAAUACACUGGUUACAACUAUCAAGCGUAUGAUAUUGGGAAUCAUUUUAAUGAAUUUGCAGGGCUGAAUGAAGUGGACUACAGCCUGUAUCCCUGCAAGGAGAUCCAGCUGCAGUGGUUGAAGUAUUAUCUGCAAGCUUUCAAGAAACUGAGUCAGGAGGAGCCUGGAGAGAAAGGAAAAAAUAGAGGAGGGAGUGUUGUGUCUGAAGAAGAACUGGAGACCCUCUACGUGCAAGUGAACCAGUUUGCCUUAGCAUCCCAUUUUCUGUGGGCUUGCUGGGGCCUGAUCCAAGCACAAUUCUCUACCAUAGACUUCAAUUUUGCUAGGUAUGCAGACAUAAGAUUUAAACAGUACUUUAAAACGAAACCUAUAGUGACAGCCCUCAAAAUGUCAAAGUGAAGUGAAGAGAGCCUUCUGUUUCACAGGAGUCCAAACUUAUUUUCUCCGAUCUAGAGCACCUGUCACCCUAUCCUCAGAGAUCAGCCUCUCCUGCAGUUGCUUCAAGGUUGAGAGGUCAGACAUCAUGAAACUGGGACAUAAAAGGAAAUCACACCUGCAAAGCCAAAAAUUAAACCAAGCCCCUGGACCAUGGCUGUGCUAUCUACAAAUUACCUGCCAAAUUUACUUUCAGAAGGUGACGUUAGGACAUGGAUUGAGCAAGAGAUUUUAUUCAUGGAUUCUGGUGUAUUAAGGAAUGUUUCAAGUGUGUCCAGGCUUAAAAAGUGGAGCUGAGAAAUUUAUGUAGCCUUAAAAGUCAGAGCUGAAUGGAAUCUUCUUUGUCCCAUGGUUGAAGGAAAAACUGACAGCGGCUUAGGUUUUAAGCACAUACAGGAUACUGCUCCUGUGCUCUUGGGCUAACCAGAGGACUGCUAGCCUCUUCUUCUGCAUGUAUCAGAACUGUUUGAGUUCUCCUCACAUCGACUCCCUGCACAUAUAGGGAGGAUCCCCACCCCUCUUGUCUAGGUUUAAAAAAACUAUCCAAAACAGGCCUAGAGCUGGUCUCUUUACACAUAUAAAAGAUAAACCUUAAAUAUCUGGUGUAAUAAGCUAGUGAAACAGCCCCCUGGACCAUUAACUGGCAAAAGGGUUGCCUAUGCUAAUUCAGCAUACUCUGUACAUGCUUGAGAAUCUAAGUAGACACCAUAUACAAUUUGUACCACUGUGAAAAGGACAAAUGUUUCAGUUGAAACCUAAGAAUGAGGAAAUGCCGACACAGAGACACCAGAUAUGCUCAAUAUUCAGCUACUGCCGUGUAAGGGACUAGUUUGUAUAGGCUUUGCCCUCUCAUCUGCUGUGUUUGUCACUGCUAAAAGGCACAAAAAUGGUUGCAUAACUGAAAGAACCUAGGUUUCUAGCUGGUGUGCAGUGUGUGGUUGGUCAGCCUGCUCCACACUGCAGUCAGAGUUUGUGUCCAUGUGCUAUUUCUAGACUUUGAGAAUGUACAGCUAUGCAUUAUGAGCAAUUUUCAAAAGACAGUAUAAAAGGAUAAUAAAUGAAAUGCUUGUCAAUAAGGUAGAGGAAGCAAACAAUACCAGCAAAGCUUAGGACCAUAGGUUUUUUUGAUCCAGGAUUGCAUACCGUUGGGUAAGCAGAUGUGCGUGCCAAGUAUUGUGGUAAACUGCAGUGCAGAAGAACUUGGAGAACCAUGUGAUCUUCUCUGACUAUGGAUAAUCUCAUGGUUCUUUUAUUGUCCCUAGAUCCUGAGGAACUGGAGUCAACUUGAAGCAUUCCUUAUGAACUGUGAACAAUUCCCAUGGUGCUUUGUUUCACAAGAAAACCAUUUGGGGUGUUUUACGAAUGAGGACCAAGUCUAUACACAAACGAGCGCACAUGCAUGCACAUGUGUGCACACACACACACAAACAAACCUUAUAGUAGGUUCUCCAAUCAAUAUGAGAACAGCAUUUAGCUCACCAGUCCCAGCCUGCGCCACAUCAGCUCUGCCUUCCUUAAGAGUGGAGGAAAAUAAACAAGAGGAACGCGCUGGGAAUUGGGGCAGGGUCUCUGGCUUGGGAAGUGCCCGCUCUGGGUCAAAAGGACUGAAUCUGUGCUGUCGGAAUCUACUAAAUGUCAUUUUACUAUCUCUGUAUUUUUCAUGGGAUUUUAUUUUUUUUCUUUAUUGUACUAUUAAUGGAAUCAAAAGCACCCAGUCUUAUAAUGUCUCCAUGGUUUGUUAGGGGUUUUAAUAUCCCCAGUGAGCAAAUUUUCACUGAAUAUGUAUUUUGAAGCAAAGAUAGAAACAGCCUCCUGCAGUCUUUUAAUUGCUGUGCUAUUAUAAUUAACUUCCUUACUUUCAGGCUUAAGCUUUCAGGAUCUGAUUCCCUGUGGCUUUUCUAUGUUGGUGUACUGAUGGAGAACAGCUGUCAGGAAAGGCCAUUAAGUGCCUCCUAGAAAUUACCUCAGCCCAAGUAGGGGGCCGCCUCUGUUAGUCGCAAAAAACAGAAGGAUGAGAAGCAGGGCAGUGACUGAAGUCUGACUAUUCUAGUUUUAGGGCUCUCCAACUGUGAUGUGAGCUGUUUCCAUUCUCCCCAUCAGUACUUAGUGCAAAGUAAAUGUGAAUGAGAGAUGAAAUUUAGGUUUCUGCCAUACCUCUGAUGGUCACUGGAAUUUCAGUUAUCCUACCAGCAAGAAAUGCCCUCUAAUCCUUUUUUCAAGUAGAACCUGAUCUGGUAAAGCAGGCCAACCAAAUAACUUGAUUUUUUAAAGCAACAGUCCAGCAAAGGCCAGUUUGAAACCUUAGACUGAAACGGAAAUCAGUCUUAAAUUGGGAGUGUGACUCUUGCGCCGCCGCCCCCCCCCCCCCACUGCAGCCCAGGAUCAGCAUUUCUGGGAAAAUUUGGGGCUGCAGGAAGAGAAAGUUGAGCUCUGUGGGCAGAAAUUGUCCCAUCUAAUUCAAGCCAGUGUUAGCACUUCAAAAGGCAAUGCUUAAGUUAGUGUAAUGUCUAAGCAUGUUUUGAGUGUGCAAGCUAUUAGGAACUGCUCUCACCCCUUUCGGCACUAUUGUGCUACUAAAAUGUAAAAUGGUCUCUCAAAAUUUGGUUGUUCAAUAUAUUUAGGCCAACCUUUGCAAAUUCACAUUCUGUGUGGCUUCUAUGCUAGCGAGAGAUCAAAUGUAGUGGAAAGAUUUAUGAUCUGUUUAGACGGUGGUACACAGGUAUGAUGUAAUGUCCCAGCUCUUAACUGGAAUCUUUUUUUUUAAAGGCUUGUCCUUACU